AUGAAGAGAAAACCAGAGAAAAGGUGGAAGAAGAUCUGCGACAAAUCUUGUCGGCACCGGACCAUCAACCUCCUCCCUCCACCAGUCUGCAUCGUCGUCCCCAUUCUGAAACCGUCGCACCUCCCUGGCCUUGCUAGAUACUCCGCCGCUUCAGUCUGCCUUCGACAAUCAACAGAAACGCUUCUCCGAUCUCUUCUCUCGAAUCUCUCUGUUAAUGCCUCCGAUUCCGUCUAUCAUCUUCGCUUCGAGCCUUCGUCAACUCCUCCAUCGCUCUGUCAAAGUUCAACCAUCUUUCUCUCUUCGCCUAUUCAAAUCGAUGAUGAGCCACUUCGCAACGCCUCCACACGCCCUCAGAAUCUUUCAAUCUCUGCUCAUCUCGCUCAAAUAGAGAAUCGAAAUAAAGGGAGAAAUAGAGAAGGUAAAUGGGAAGGAAUUAAGCUACAAUGA